AUCCACCACUCCCCAUAAAGAAAAUACCAACAGUGCUUGUAUCAAAACAAUUCAAUCGUCGCGUUCAAAAGCAUGCAAAAAUCCUCGCAUAUCGUUCGCCAGGAUUCGGAAGAGCACUUGCCAACCACUCACUACAAAGUAAUUGUUCCAACAAUGAAGCGACGUACUUUGGCUGGCACCUUUGGCGUUGCUGUGUUUGUGAUCGCAUUCGCUGCAAUUGCCAUCUCUUUCGCCACACCCAAUUGGCUGGCUAGUGAUGACCGAAUAACAGGUGCGAAAUUGGAGCGUUUAGGAUUAUGGGUACACUGCUUCCGUUCUUUACCUGAUGUAAAUGAUGACAGUCAACGUCGGUUCUUCGUUGGAUGUCGAUGGGUAUAUGAUCCAUUUACAACAGGUUAUGACGAGAUUCGUGGUUUUCUGCUGCCAGCAUUCAUGAUUGCGACACAGUUCUUUUAUACGCUUGCCUUCAUUGGAGCGCUCGUAUCGUGCGUUGGUGUUUUGGUAUUCUUCCUUUGUGCCGGGCCGGAUCAAAAGUACUUCGUUACGCUUAUAAAGGUAAUUGGGUAUAUAAUGUUAGGCACAGGUGUAGCUGCAUCUAUUGCAGUCAUCGUUUUUGCAUGUUUUGGUAAUCGUAAUGGUUGGAUGCCGGAGCAUGCCAACAAUUGGUUCGGUUGGUCAUUCGUGUUGGCUUGCGUUGGAGCGGUGUUUUCUUUGGUUACGGCAAUACUCUUUCUUACCGAACAAAAUGUUCAAGCGAAAAAACGCAUGCAAUUCAAAGAAUCACAGACACGUUUUGAGUUGGUGCAGGGCAAAGCCUAGGGGUGGCGUCACCUCUCGACGGAGCAGCUCACAUUGUUGGAGCAUAAAGUAAGUCGCAAGAGAAAACACUUGCAUUUAAAGACAGAGCGGUGCACAAAUGGCGCGGGCCUAUAACAGCAAAUCGCGUUCAAACCUAUCGUAGAUAAGAAAAGAAUUAAGUUGACAUAUUUUUUAGAUUCAAACCAUAUAUAAAAUAAGUUAAGCAGUGAUCUUGGCUCUAAAAAUGUAUUCUUUAAUGCACUCAUACGCAUUUAAACUCCGUCCUUUCUAAGAAAAAACCAGUUUUAAUAAGUUUUAUAAAGUAAUAAUUACGUAUGUAAGUUUAAGGAUUUGUGCAACUAAUGCUACUAACAUCAAAGCGCGAAAAAUUGCAAGUUUAUGCAAUUUUGGACAGGGUUGAAUCACUAGCAUAUACUUGUACAACAAAUGCACAUACAUUGUACAUACAUACAUAUUUAUGUACAUAAUAGUGAUUUCACUUAAUUCAGUACACAGACGGCUAAGAAACUCAGUUGGUACUUAUGACAUGCAUUUACAUAUUUAUAUAUAUACAUCAUUUUUAAAGUCACUUAAGACUGAAUUAUGGAAAAAAGAAACCAUUGCAUUUGUCCAACAACGAAUUUUAAUUGAAAUAUCAAAUCAUAUCUAAUACACAAUGUUAAAAUGCAAAAGCAAGCAUCAAAAUAGCAAACGCGAACAUUUUCAAAAUCGAUUUAAAUAAAAUAUUAGUACAUGUUUGCUGCUAUACCUAUGCUUGCAAAGCAGUCGCACCAGCCAUUUGUACUGAGCUUGUGAGUCCCUAUCGCUAUUAUGAGCACAUUACAAAAUGCAUAUUGUCGAAACCUGCAAAUAUUAUGAAAGUAAAUAGAACUUUAAUGAAUCUCAAACAUAUUUUUCAAGAUAUGUAUUACAACUCCACUUAAUAAUGUGCCUUAAAAUGCUAGACUAACGGCGCUUAAUAAAGUAUUGCACGCAAUUUAACGUUUUUUUCUUCUGCCACAAAAAUUGCAUAAACUUUCGCUUUUUAUUCAUACCACCUAUUCAUUCCUAAGUAUGCAUACAUGAAUGUAUGUAUAGGAACAUAGUUUUAUGGCAAAAAAAUAAUUGAAUGAACACAAAUAAGUUUUCCUUUUGUAAAAAAAAAAAAAUACAGCAUAAUAUGUACGCAGGUUGUUAAAGCUUCGAAAUCGCACAAUAGUGGAAUAUAAUGCGUAUACAUACGAUAAUUUAGCAUUUGACCUUGACAUCUACAUAUUUAGUAGUGCCUUAAAAAUAAAAUAUUGUACAAAUCUACAAAUAAAAACAUUCCAAAUAUAUAUCAGUAUCGAAACCAUUUCCGCAAUUCUAACUAUUUAGUGAAAUUGAAAUAUUUUGAACUAGUUUUGUAUUAUUUAUGUAUGAAUAUUUGAAAUUUACAUAAUACUUAAAGUUUAUUAAGUUAGAAAAAAUGUAUAUCCGUCCAUAUAUCCACUUUAAAAGUGCGCCGAAAUAUGUAUAAUCAAAACAUAUCAUUUAAAACAACUUCAUAUUUACGAAAACUAUAUAUUUUCACCGUUGUUUGUAUAUUUUGCUCACACUCGAAUUAUUAAUAAAAUUUAAAAAACAAAAAGUA